AUGACAGUCACCACUCGCGCAGGAAGGCAGAACAUUGAUCCCCCCAUGUCGUCUGAGGUUGAAAGGGUGAUAGAGAAGGAUGACGAUGAGAUUGAGGUUACUGAAGUCCCAAAAGAUAGUGUUGAAAAGGAAGUUGAGAGACUGGUGAAGAAGACUGAAGAGGGUACAUACCGCAGGUUCAUAGCUAUGUUAAAGAAACUGUCCAUCAAUGUUUCGUUGAUAGAAUCUUUAGAGAAAAUGCCUAGGUACACAAAAUUUAUGAAAGACUUGGUGACCAAUAAGAGGGCUGUUAGUUUUGAGAAUGAUGAGAGGAUGAAACACUGUAGUGCCAUUGCUACUAGGUCACUUGUGCAAAAGAAAGAUUAUCUUGGAGCUUUCACUAUUCCUUGUGCCAUUGGGAUGUUACACUUUGCGAAAGCUUUUUGUGACUUAUGUGCCAACAUUAAUUUGAUGCCAUUGUCCAUCUACAAGAAGUUGUGUUUAGGGGUUCCAAAACUGACUGCGAUGCGUCUACUCAUGGUCGAUAGAACUACGAAGAAGCCCAUUGGUGUUCUCCAAGAUGUACUUUUGAAAGUGGAGUCAUUUAUCGUUUCGGCGGAUUUUAUGAUACUUGAUUGUGAGGUUGAUUUUAAGGUUCCCAUUAUCUUUGGGAGACCAUUUCUUGCUACUGGGAGUGCCUUAGUCGAUAUGGAGAGAGGGCACAUGAAGUUUCGACUGAAUAUGAGGAGGUGA